AUGGCCAUGGCGAGCCGCAAGCUGCUACUCCUCCCGUGCCUCGUCCUGCUCUUCGUCGCCGCGGCAGCGGCACUGGUCGAGGCAGCCCAGCCGCAGUCCACGUACAUCGUGCACCUCGCGCCCGACCACCCGGCGCUGUCCCUGACCCCCGCGCGCGGCGGACGCAACGCGCUGCUCGGCCCACUCCUCGGCCUCCCGCGCCGCCUGAGCGCGCCGCGGCCGCGCCUGCUCUACACCUACGCGCGCGCCGCCACGGGCGUGGCCGCGCGGCUCACGGACGCGCAGGCGGCGCACGUCGCGGCCCAGCCGGGCGUGCUGGCCGUGCACCGCGACCAGGCGCGCCAGCUCCACACCACCCACACCCCGGAGUUCCUCCACCUCAACGGCGCGGCCGGGCUGCUCCCCGCCGCGUCCGGCGCCGUGUCCGACGUCGUGGUGGGCGUGCUCGACACCGGGAUCUACCCGCUCAACCGCAGCUCCUUCAAGCCCGUCGGCGACGGCCUCGGCCCCCCGCCCUCCUCCUUCUCCGGGGGCUGCGUCUCGGCUGGCAAGUUCAACGCCUCCGCCUUCUGCAACGGCAAGCUCAUCGGCGCCAAGUUCUUCUACAAGGGGUAUGAGCAGGCCCUCGGGCACCCCAUUGACGAGACGCUGGAGUCCAAGUCGCCGCUGGACACGGAGGGCCACGGCACCCACACCGCGUCCACGGCCGCCGGCUCGCCGGUGGACGGCGCCGGGUUCUACGACUACGCGCGCGGGAGGGCCGUCGGCAUGGCCCCCGGCGCGCGCAUCGCCGCGUACAAGAUCUGCUGGAAGGCCGGCUGCCUCGACUCCGACAUACUCGCGGCGUUCGACGAGGCCGUCGGCGACGGCGUCAACGUCAUCUCGCUCUCCGUCGGCUCCACCUACGCCGCCGACUUCUACGAGGACUCCAUCGCCAUCGGCGCCUUCGGGGCGGUGAAGAAGGGCAUCGUCGUCUCCGCCUCCGCGGGCAACUCCGGCCCCGGAGAGUACACCGCGAGCAACAUCGCGCCGUGGAUACUGACCGUCGGCGCAUCCACCGUCGACCGUGAGUUCCCCGCCGACGCGGUGCUCGGCGACGGCAGCGUGUACGGCGGCGUGUCGCUGUAUGCAGGGGAGCCCUUAAACUCCACCAAGCCCCUCGUGUACGCCGCGGACUGUGGCUCCCGGCUUUGCCUCAUCGGCAAGCUUGACAAGGACAAGGUCGCCGGAAAGAUCGUCCUUUGUGAGCGCGGAGUCAACGCUCGUGUCGAGAAGGGCGCGGCCGUCGGGAAGGCCGGCGGGAUCGGCAUGAUUCUCGCCAACACGGAGGAGAGCGGCGAGGAGCUCAUCGCCGACCCCCACCUCAUCCCGUCGACAAUGGUGGGGCAGAAAUUCGGCGACAAGAUCAGGCAGUACGUCAAGAUCGACCCGUCCCCGACGGCGACCAUCGUCUUCCACGGCACGGUCAUCGGGAAGUCGCCGUCCGCGCCGCGCGUCGCGUCCUUCUCGAGCCGCGGCCCCAACUCCCGCGCGGCGGAGAUCCUCAAGCCCGACGUCACGGCUCCCGGCGUCAACAUACUCGCGGCAUGGACCGGCGAGGCCUCCCCGACCGACCUCGACAUCGACCCGAGGCGCGUCCCGUUCAACAUCAUCUCCGGGACGUCCAUGUCGUGCCCGCACGUGAGCGGCCUCGCGGCGCUGCUCCGGCAGGCGCACCCGGAGUGGAGCCCCGCGGCGGUCAAGUCGGCGCUCAUGACCACGGCGUACAACCUGGACAACUCCGGCGAGAUCAUCAAGGACCUGGCCACCGGCGACCAGUCGACGCCGUUCGUCCGCGGCGCUGGGCACGUGGAUCCCAACAGCGCGCUCGACCCCGGGCUGGUGUACGACGCCGACACCUCCGACUACAUCGGCUUCCUGUGCGCGCUGGGGUACACGCCGUCCCAGAUCGCGGUGUUCACCAGGGACGGCUCCGUCGCGGACUGCUCGGAGAAGCCCGCCCGCUCCGGCGACCUCAACUACCCGGCGUUCGCGGCUGUCCUCUCGUCGUACAAGGACUCGGUGACCUACCACCGGGUGGUGCGCAACGUCGGCGGCGACGCCGGCGCGGUGUACGAGGCCAAGGUGGAGAGCCCCGCGGGCGUGGACGCCACGGUGACGCCGGCCAAGCUGGUGUUCGACGAGGAGCACCGGAGCCUGGCGUACGAGAUCACCCUGGCCGCGUCCGGCAACCCGGUGAUCGUGGACGGCAAGUACUCGUUCGGGUCGGUCACGUGGAGCGACGGCAAGCACAAUGUCACGAGCCCCAUCGCCGUGACGUGGCCGGAGAGCGCCGGAGCAGCGUCCAUGUAG